AUGGUAAAGCCCACCGUUGACAUCAGCUCUGGAAACGAGACGCUCGACGCGAUUCUCGGCGGGGGGCUCACCGCCAACCGUAUCUACUUGCUCGAUGGCCACCCGGGCGCCGGUAAGACAACCCUCGGCUUGCAGUUUCUAUUGGAGGGCGUCCGGCUCGGGGAGAAAGGCCUCUACGUUUCGCUCUCCGAGACGAAGGACGAGCUCUACGGCAUCGCGGAGUCGCACGGCUGGGACCUCAGCGAGAUCGAUAUCUACGAACUGGUCGACACCACGAACUCUCUCGACGCGGAAUCGCAGUACACCAUCUUCCAACCCUCGGAAGUGGAACUCGGCGAGACGACGCGGCGCAUGCUCGAGCGUGUCGAAGCGCAGAACCCACGGCGCGUGGUGAUCGAUUCCCUCUCCGAGUUGCGGCUGCUGGCCCAAAACCCGUUGCGCUACCGGCGACAGAUUCUGGCGCUGAAGCAGUUCUUUGUCGGCCGCGACUGCACGGCCAUCUUCCUCGACGACAAGACCUCGAGCGACAACGACCUGCAGCUGCAAAGCCUCGCCCACGGCGUCGUGAGCCUCGACCGCAACCCGUCGGAGUUCGGCGACGAACGGCGGCGGCUGCGGAUCGUCAAGUUCCGCGGCAGGCAUUUCGUCAGCGGCUGGCACGACUUCGACAUCGAGCGGGGCGGCGUCCAGAUCUAUCCGCGCAUCGAGGCCGCUUACCAUGAGCUUUCGUGGGCGAAGAAGUCGCGCGUACUCAGUGGGAACGAGUCGCUCGACGCCCUGCUGGGCGAGGGCGUCGCGCCGGGGACAAGCACCCUGAUGCUCGGCCCGGCAGGCGUCGGUAAAUCCUCGUGUUCGACGCUCUUCGCCGUUACCGCUUGCAAGCGCGGCGAGCGGGCCGUCAUCUUCGUCUUCGACGAGAGUAAGGAGACGCUGCGGAUGCGAUCCGCGGGACUCGGCAUGGACUUGGAAGAGUUCGAGAAGUCCGGGCUGCUCGAGAUCCACUCGGUGAAUCCCGGCGACGUCUCGCCCGGUCGAUUCGCCUACCUGGUCCGCCAAGCCGUCCAGCCCCGCGAAGACGGCGCGCGGGUGUCGGUGGUCGUCAUCGACAGCCUGAACGGGUACCUCAGCGCGAUGCCCGAGGAGCGCUUCUUGCAGAUUCAGAUGCACGAGUUGCUCCACUACUUGGGCAGUUGCGGCAUCUCGACGUUCCUCAUUGUCGCGCAACACGGCAUGCUCGGCGCCUCGAUGAAGACGCCGGUUGACGCCAGUUAUCUCGCCGACACGGUGAUCCUCUUCCGCUACUUCGAGGCGGCGGGUGAAAUCCGCCAAGCGAUCUCGGUCGUCAAGAAGCGCGACGGCACGCACGAGCGUUCGAUACGUGAACUCCAUAUGGGGGAUGGCAAGAUACGCGUCGGUGAACCGCUCCGCGCCUUCCAUGGCGUUCUGGCCGGCACGCCAACGUACAAAGGAGACAUAAACGAACUCAUCGACCGAGGCAGCGACGCCGAGAUCACCGUCCGUCUGUUCGACGAGAACGGCUUCGAAUCGCACAUCUGCCACAACCUCGAUGAGUUGUGCGAAGAGGUCCAUCUCGGCGCCGGAGCCGUCGUCAUCGCCGAAGAACGGUUGCUCGACGACGCCGACGGGCUCGUUGAACGGAUGCUGCGGGAGCAGGCGGCGUGGUCCGAUUUGCCAGUGAUCAUCCUCACGCUCCCGAGCGAGAUCAAUCUGCGCGCGCUGGACGGGUGGCAUCAGUCGGCCAACGUCACGCUGGUGAGACGCCCGCUGCAGAUCGCAUUGUUCCUCAGCGUCAUCCGCUCGCGGCUCAGCGACCGCCUCCGGCAGUACACGGUGCGCGACCUUGUCGAGACGCUCGACAAGCGGGGGCGGGAGUUUCGGCAGCUCGCCGACUCGAUGCCACAAAUGGUGUUCGCCGCCGACCGCCGCGGGCGGUUGGAGUAUCUAAAUCACCGGGCUAGCGCUUACCUCGGCGUUAGCUUGGAAGAGGCCCGGCGCCUCCAGUGGACCGAAGCCAUCCAUCCCGAUGACGCCGAUGACGCCCAAGCGAAAUGGCGGCGAUCGAUCGACGGCGGCGUCACGUUUCAAUGCGAGGUCCGUGUGCGCGACGUCCGCACGAACAAGUACCGCUGGCACUUGGCCCGUGCACUACCGAUCUAUGACGAGACCGGCGUGAUCGCUCGCUGGUUCGGGACGGGCACCGAUAUCCACCAACAGAAACUCACCGAGCAGAAACUCAGCUCGGCGCUGGAACGCGCCGCAGCAGCGGGCGCCGCCAAGAGCGAGUUC